CUACAGUGCAUGGUGCUGCCACGAACUUGAAAACGCCGCGAAAAGUCCUUUUUUCUGCUACCGCGGACUUAAAUCGCCUGAAGUUUUAAUGCAUUUACAGUAUUGGUCAACAUGGCGUGGCCUUUAUACGGAUGUACGAUGUUUCUUCUUGCGUUUCUUCUGUCAGUUCUGGUGUCUGCCCGAGCGUUUGAACUGACCGUGCUGCACACGAAUGACGUGCACUCGCGUAUCGAGGAGAUAGACCCUACGGGAGGGAGUUGCAAUGCUGCCGAAGCAAACGCCGGAGAAUGUUACGGUGGGAUGGCGAGGAUGGCGACCAAGGUUAAGGAGAUGCGUCAUAACGAUGACAACGUACUGCUGCUUGAUGGAGGGGACCGGUUCCAAGGAACGCCAUGGUUUACGGAGUUUGACGGCCUCGCCUCCUCGCGAUUUAUGAACAUACUGCAGUACAACGCCAUGGCGCCUGGAAACCACGACUUUGACAACGGUGUUGAGGGUCUGGUUCCCUUCCUGAGAAACGUCACAUUUCCGGUGGUGGCCUGCAACAUCGACACUUCGGGAGAACCAGAACUGCAGGGUCUGAUCAGGCCAUCCGUUGUGCUGGACAUAGGUGGAGAGAAGGUCGGGAUAGUUGGGUACAUCCUUGUAAAUACACCGGCUAUUUCUCCAACAGGUAACUUGGUGUUUCUGGAGGAAGUGGAAUCGGUGCAAGCGGAAGUGACGAAACUACUGGGUCAAGGGGUCAACAAGAUCAUCGCACUGGGGCAUGCUGGGUACUCAAAGGACCAGGAAGUGGCGCGAAGGGUGUCGGGAGUGGAUGUUGUUGUGGGGGGCCACACCAACACUUUUCUGUAUACCGGUAUACUGCCAUCGUCAGAAGUGCCCUUAGGUCCCUACCCGCUGAUUAUCGACUCCGAGGUGGACCUCGGUCGGCAGGUACCCGUAGUACAGGCCUACGCCUACGGCAAAUACCUCGGUCACCUCCGCUUGACGUUUGACAGCGACGGGGACCUUGUCAGGUGGAGCGGUAACCCCAUUCUCCUAGACAACUCCGUACAUAAGGAUCCUGAAGUGCUGGAGGUGGUCACAGAUCUGAAGGAAAACUUAAACCACACCAAGGAAGUGAUCGGCAGAAGCAAUGUUUUUCUCCAAGGAGUUUAUGAAACCUGCACAGUGAUGGAGUGUAACAUGGGCAACCUAAUCACGGAUGCAAUGGUGCACCAGAACAUCAAGUUCCCGGAUGAACUCUACUGGAACGACGUCGCCAUAGGAAUAUACAAUAGCGACAGUAUCCGAGCGUCAAUGAGGAAGGGUCUUAUUGAUGUGGAAUCAGUACUGUUCACCCUGCCGUUCGGCAACACCUUUGACAUCGUGGAACUGAGGGGUGAACACCUGUAUGAAGUGUUCGAAUACUCAGGGUCAAUGUGGUCCUCGGGAGAAUUCUUGCAAGUGUCAGGAAUACUGGUUGAGUACGACCUGAGCAAACCAAAAGGAAACAGAGUAGUGUCUCUAGAGGCCCGGUGUACCGCCUGUGAUGUUCCGGAAUUCAUGCCCGUGCAGACGGAUUCUAUCUACAAGAUAAUUCUGCCAUCCCACCUUGCAAACGGCGAAAGAGGGUACAGUAUGAUAUCAGACAACAAACUCAGCCACCAUAUACCAGCUUUGCUGGACUCGGACAUGUUGAUUGGAUACAUCCGGGCGACCUCACCCAUCACUACUGGGGUGGAGCGGCGCAUCACAUUCACUGAAGAAGCGCCGCCUUGCACAUCCGGUGGAACAGCAGCUCUUGUUUUCAAUUUGGGUUUCAUUCUGUGUGUCCUCUUUCGCAGAGUGUUCUUGUAGAAAAGUUACAUGUUCUAAUUUUUCAUUGUAAUCAAGACUGUAGUAACAAAUUAACCUGAUGUAUUCAGUAGUUCAGGGUGUUCUGCAAAAACCACAUUCUCUCUCAUGUACAUACACACACAUAACUCUCAUAAACAGACGCACAAACGCAAACACGUCAAAAAAUACACAUGUACAAUCGCACACAGACACACACACAAACACACACACACACAUACACACACACACACACACACACACACGCGCGCGCUUUUUGGCACUAUAUUUCGAUAUCCCUGUACUUUUUUGUCCUUUUGUUUUUACUUGAAUGAUGUUAGAUUCCUGUGAUUUGAAUAAAAGAUCUUGGUUACAUUUUAAUUAAAGAUUAGAGUAUCACAAAAUAAGCUAUUUUCUAUUUCUUGGGGGUAUAAUUAAUGUACAACUUAAACCAAAAUAAAACACACAAACACAUUACGUCAGAACUACAACUGCAAUCUUAU